AUGAACAGUCAGCAGUUACAGAAGCAACUCCUCCUGGGUGAAAUCGUCCGCUACCACGGGUACCCCUACGAGGAGCACGAGGUGCUGACGGAUGAUGGCUACUACCUGGCCCUGCAGAGGAUUCCUCACGGCAGGGGCAACCCAGGCAGCAGGAGCAUCUCCCAUCAAGCAGAGGCACGGGGCUCCAGCAUGUUCUGUCCCCCUCCAAAGGCUGUGGUCCUCCUCCAGCACGGGCUGGUGUUGGAGGGAAGCACCUGGGUAUCCAACUUGCCCAACAGCAGCCUGGGCUUCAUCCUGGCCGACGCCGGCUACGACGUGUGGAUCGGGAACAGCCGGGGGAACAGCUGGUCACGGAAACACAGAGAGUUUGACUUUCACCACCAGGAAUACUCAGCUUACAGCUUCCACGAGAUGGCCAUGUAUGACCUCCCAGCCACCAUCAACUACAUCCUGCAGAAAACCGGGCAGGAGCAGCUGUACUACGUGGCUUACUCUCAAGGCACCACCACAGGUUUCAUUACCUUUUCAUCCAUUCCUGAACUGGAUCGCAAAAUCAAGAUGUUUUUUGCCUUGGCUCCCACCACUGUGAACUCCAACUCAAAGUCACCCUUGGUGAAGGUGUUUGACCUUCCCGAGGCACUGGUUAAGCUUGUUUUAGGACAGACAGUGGUCUUUGAUAAGGGCCACAUCUUGAAGCAAGUGAUCUCUGCUGUGUGCACCUACCCCAUCUUUAGGAGUAUUUGCCCUUUGGUCCUUUACCUGCCUGGUGGCUUUACCAGCAGCUAUAAUGUGAGCCGCAUGGACGUGUACAUGUCUCGCUACCCUGACUCAACAUCC